AUGUAUUCGGUGCAAACGACGCAGACAGCGGCGCAGGCCGACAGCCAGGGCCAAGGGCAGGUCAAAAAGACCCCCUUGGAGCUAAACUGCCAAGGAACACCUCUGCCUGGCAUCCCGAAGCAUCCUACCUUUGCUGCCCAGAGACAAUGGCUCCUUGAGCAGAUGGCCCUUGCCUUUCGCUGCUUCGCACGCAAGGACUACACAGAUGGCAUGGCAGGUCACAUCUCCAAUCCCCUUGCUGUUCACUUUGGCCUGCUCAAGGCGAGUGAUAUGAUUCUCGUGGACUAUAGCGGCGUGCCCGUCGGGGGCAACAUGAGCAGACCAGCCAACGCCGCCGGCUUCCUCAUCCACAGUGCCGUGCACAAGGCACGACCCGACGUGACCGUCGCCGCCCACACACACAGCCCCCACGGCAUGGCGUGGAGCGCCUUUGGUCGCCCGGUCGAGAUGCUCACGCAGGACGCCGCGUAUCUCUAUGGUGACGCCCAGGCCGUCUACAAGGACUUUGGCGGCGUGGUCCUCAACGAGGAGGAGGGCCGGCGCGUGGCAGCGGCGCUGGGUCCGCGUGGAAAAGCCAUGAUCAUGCAAAACCACGGGUUGUUGACGGUGGGCUCCACAGUCGAGGAGGCGUGCUUCCUCAUGACGCUGCUAGAGAGGGCUUGUCAGGUGCAGUUGCUUGCCGAGGCAGCGGCGGCGAACGGGUUGCCCAAGAUCCUCAUCGCAGAGGAGAGUGCCCGUUAUACGUUUGACAACUCGAGUGAUGCGGAGACGCUGUACUGGGAGGGACAGCCUGAUUUGCAGUAUGAAGAGUAUAUGGCCAAGGGGGAGCACAAGGGGUGA